UCUGUUCAAUUAGUCACGCGUGUAUCCGGCGCGGACGCAAGUCGCGCGCUGCACUCGCUGAGACGAAUAACCGAACUGAAACUAUACUACGAGAAUACUUUUAGUUAUUUAGUGAAACUUAUGUAUGUAGUGCCUUCAGAGCCUGUGAUAGAUAUAUUUUUUAAAGUUAUUCUAAGAGCUUGUAUCUGUACAAGCUUCUAUUUUAAGCAGAUGAUUUAUAGUGUUAUUUUUUAUAUUUAAGAUGUAUUUAAAAGCAAGGACAAAGUGAACUCUCAGCGAACAUAAAGUGCGAAAUGUAAGAUUGCCACUGGUAUUCAUAUAAGAACUGACAAUAAAUUAGUGUUUUUGUAUAUAUUUUAUUUAACUUAGAUAAGUUCGUAAAUAUUGUGUAGUGAGAUAAGACAUAAAGAUUCCGAAGUACUCACAGAGAAAUGUAUUCACAAAGAUCCACAAUGUUAAACAUUUGCGUUUGGGCGUGCGUGGUCGCGACAUGUUUCGCUCAACGCGCUGAACAGCUCCUGGCACAAAAUCCGUGUUCCAGCAAGACCACGUGCAGUGACUGCGUGAGGACCGCCAGCUGCGCGUGGUGCUUCGCUGCAGAGUUCAAUGGCCCGAGGUGCUUCAACCCCGCCAUGGAGGGCGGCACAGCUGGCUGCGACGAGGCCUACGUUUACAACCCCGACAAUCAGCUCUCUAUUGACCCAAUGUAUAAUAGAGAACUUAGCAGAGCGAAAGGUCGAAUGGCCAUGGGUUCUUCAUCGUAUGAGGAGUCGUUUGCCGCGCAAGGAGGUGCAAGUGGUGGGUACAUGGGGGCUGGAGGCGCGGCCGCAUCUGGCGGCGACAACCUCGUGCAAAUCAGACCGCAGAAAUUGAAUCUCCAACUGAGAAUGAAUCAAAUGCAGAAGCUGUCAUUUUCGUAUUCGCAAGCCCAAGAUUACCCCGUAGAUCUGUAUUACCUCAUGGACCUCAGUAGAUCUAUGAAGAACGAUAAAGAAAAGCUUAGUACCCUGGGAAGCUUAUUAUCCAGUACAAUGAGAAAUAUAACUUCCAAGUUCAGAAUCGGUUUCGGUUCGUUUGUGGACAAGCUGGUGAUGCCUUACGUGUCUACAGUACCUAAGAGUUUGAUCUCUCCUUGCGAUGGAUGUGCUGCGCCAUAUGGCUUCAAAAAUCAAAUGUCUCUCAACACUGAUACGGACUAUUUCGAUAAAGCGGUAGCCAACGCAGACGUGUCCGGAAAUUUGGAUGCGCCUGAGGGCGGGUUCGACGCCAUCAUGCAGGCCGUGGUGUGCAAGCGGGACAUCGGCUGGCGGGACCAAGCUCGGCGGCUGCUGGUGUUCUCCACAGACGCCGGCUUCCAUUACGCGGGAGACGGGAAGCUGGGCGGUAUUGUGCAGCCUAACGACGGGGAAUGUCACAUGGAAAAUAAUGCGUACACACACUCCACUCUGCAAGACUAUCCGAGCAUCUCGCAGAUCAACCUUAAGGUGAAACAGCACGCCAUCAACGUGAUCUUCGCCGUGACCGCCGAGCAGAUCAGCGUUUACGAGCAGCUGAGCAAACACAUCGAGGGCUCCAGCAGCGGCAUCCUCAGCAACGACUCCUCCAACGUGGUGGACCUCGUGCGCGACCAGUACAACAAAAUUUCAUCAACUGUUGAGAUGAAAGACACAUCGAGCGAUGCUUUACAAGUGGUGUAUUACUCGUCUUGUUUGGGCGGCUCCGAGGUGGUGCAGACUAACAAAUGUGAUGGUUUGAAGGUCGGCGACGUAGUGGACUUCACCGCUGAAAUAACGCUGAAGGAGUGCCCCAAGGACCGCAGCAAGUGGAAACAGAGCUUCAACAUCUACCCGGUGGGCAUCUCCGAGAUGUUGGCCGUCGAGGUCGACAUGCUUUGCGACUGUCCCUGUGAACACCCAGACCAUUUCGCUUUCAACAACAGCCCUGACGUAUGCAGCGGGCAAGGCAUAUCCGCUUGUGGCGUCUGCCUUUGCAACGCGGGAAGAUUCGGCAAGAGCUGUGAAUGUUCCGCGGAGGCCGGAGUGUCUCUUGAACAAGAGCGAGGUUGCCGGCCCACCAACGCAUCUUCAGGGCCGCUGUGCUCUGGACGAGGCACCUGCAUCUGCGGAGUCUGCGAGUGCGAAAAGAUGGAGGACCCUACUAAGGUGAUAUCUGGUCCGUUCUGCGAGUGCGACAACUUCACGUGCGACAUGAACAAGGGGCUGCUGUGCUCGGGCGCGGAGCACGGCGAGUGCGUGUGCGGCAAGUGCGCGUGCCGGCCCGGCUACGCGGGCGCCGCCUGCCAGUGCCCGCUCAGCACCAAGGCCUGCGUCUCGCCCGAAAACGACGAGAUUUGCAGCGGCAACGGAGUUUGCGAAUGUGGGCAGUGUGUGUGCCAUGUGAAGGACAAUCGUCACUAUUCUGGAAAAUUCUGUGAGAAGUGUCCGACGUGUCCCGGUCGUUGCGGAGAGUUCAAGGACUGCGUGUUGUGCGAGGUGCAUCAACGCGGGCCUCUUUACGAAGACAAGAGCUGUGGCGCGUGCAAACUCGACAUAAUCGUAGAAGAAGGAAAACUUGUUGCGAACGAAUCUCAAAACGAACACUUGUGCAGUUUCUACGACGACGAGGAUUGUCUGUAUGUGUACGUGUACUCGUACAACGAUUCACAACAACUACACAUCAGGGCGCAAAAAGAACGGGAAUGUCCCAGGAAGGUCUUUAUAUUGGGCAUAGUCCUGGGCGUGAUAGCCGCCAUCGUGCUGGUGGGACUGGCUCUGCUCAUGUUGUGGAAGAUGGUCACCACCAUUCAUGACCGCCGCGAGUUCGCUCGCUUCGAGAAGGAGAGGAUGAUGGCCAAGUGGGACACGGGUGAAAAUCCUAUAUACAAACAGGCGACGUCUACGUUCAAGAAUCCAACGUAUGCUGGAAAAUAAACUGCAGCCUGUGAGAGAAAGUAGAAGAGAACGGGUCAGGAAACGAGGCCCUAUGAGUGUCUCCAGUCAUCAAUCUCGUCAGUAUUGCAAGCAAUACAAUGUAAUUAAAAUGUUGCCUUAUUGUGUGCCUUUUAUUGGCUUUCGAUUUUUUGAAUAGUUUCUGCACAAAUGCCUUCCGAGAAUAUUUUGACGAUUUUAAUGAAAUUAACGUACGACUGACGAACGAUCUAUGUAAUGUAUAUAGUUAUAUUAUGAAAUAUUUUAAAUAAUACGUAUUUUUAAGUUACAACUAGUAGUAAUGUAUACAUUUGUAUGAAAAAAAUAAUGGUCUGUCUUAAUCUUUAUUUAAUUAAUCGCUAAUGUACGCUUUUUGUACUUAUGUGUGAGUGUAUGUCGUACUUAUAUGUUUGUGUAGUUUGUUCAAAUUGACUUAGUAUAUCAUAGAAUCAUCUAUUCUGGUUUGAUAUGAGCACCAUGGUAGGUAAGUUGUUUCAUUCGAAAUAUAAAAAGCACAAAAUUUGUUGAGUAACAUAUUAAUCUCAUCCUAUGUAACGAUUGUAACAGUAACUUAACGGGCAAAAUUUGGUUUUGUUUAUAUCUAUUUCAACUGUUGUCCCAAUUAAAAAGUAUUUCUUUUUGUUGUACGUAAUUAACAAUAUAUUUUGUUGAUACAUACUCGUGUUAAAAGUGAUGAUAUUUUAGUGAUUAAUUUGCCCUAGUAUCCACUGCCAACGCUAAGAUAAGUAAAUACGGCUUCCUUGUGGUCCGGUGCCUUAAAAUAAUUAUAAUUUAAUUAUAAUAUAACAAAAUUAGUGCCAUUACUAGUAAAUGUGGAUUAUUAUUUAUUACAAAAAUAUAGAUAUAGAUUAAUAAAAAAUAAUUUUAAUUUAAGAGUACUGCUUUUUGUAUUUACGUACGUAUAUUUUUAAUAUUUUAAUUUCUUUUAUGCAUUUUAUGGUCAGCUUUAACAAAAGUUAAUGAUUGUCUAUUGGAUCUGAUCGUCUAUUGUUUUUUGUCUGCCUAGAUUCAGAGUGAGUUAUAUUAAACUGAAAUAAUAUUAAGCCCUCAUUUUUGUAUUAUAAAUGCGUUUUGAAAAUUAAAUAGGUAUAGAGCUUACAAAAGACUAUUAAAUAGAUUUUAUAAUGGAUCUUUUUACACGACCGCAAUUUUUCUUGUCAAAUGUUUAUGUUUUUGAAUAGGACUGUGAAUCUAGGUGUAAAAAACUCGACUGAUAUGUUGUGUGAAGAAGGUAAUCUCGCCUUCUAUCACUGAUGCUGUUUUGUUUUUUAUAAAUAUUUCUAACAGUUAAGUGAUGAAAUUGCUUUUUUAUUUUGUUCAUUUUGAUUUGCUUUAUAUAAAGUAUAUUACUUUAUAAAUUUUCCAAAAAGUGUUCUAGUUGCUGUGGUCUUAAAAUUUUGUAGCUAAUAAAAUAUUA